UGUGGGCGCACCCAUUUAUUUUUUAACAAUACGCAUUUAAAUGUGUGAUUUAUCUGUUAUCCUCAAAAGAGGAAUAAAAACAUAUACAGACACAUCGGGUUUAAACUUUGUCUAGCCUGUGAAGUGAGCAAAGUAGGAUAUUUGGAAGAUUUGGAGACUCAGACCCAUAAUACAGCAACUCACACUGCGCUCCGUCUGGAGCAGGGGGCCUCAGUGCUAGAGAGGGUUAACUGAACACAGGUGCUGUAGGAAGUGUUACCCAGACACCGCUCUGUCCUGCAUGUGCAGGUGCAGCCAGGCACUGUGGCAGGGAGCUGCACGCUGGGGAUGCAAACCAGGCAGGGAGGAAGGCCCUUGACUCAUCAGAUAAAUCCAGCCUCACAAGGCAAGCUGGACAUCCCAGACCUGAGCUUGCUCCCCACCCAGGGCUGGAUGGCUGCAGCCGGACAAUGCUCUGACAAGCCUCCCCACCAGUCAGCAACCACCCUGCCCCUACCUCAGGGGUGCCGUUUAGGGAGGUGCUCCCCCUCCCAAGUUUCAUACCACAGUAUAAUUUUACAAUUUGUAUGUGUGUAUGUGUGUGUUCGGAGAGCGUGCGAGGGAGACUCUGUGGGUGUUAGUGGGUAUGUGUUGAGGGAGUGUGUUCGGGAGUGUGUAUUUGUUGGGGGUAGCAUGUGAGAGAGACUGAGCGUGUGUGUGUUGGGGAUAGUGUGUGUGGGAGACUGUGUUGAGGGAGUGUAUUGGGGGGGGUGUAUUUAUUGUGGGUAGCAUGUGACAGACACGGUGCAUGUGUGUGGUGGGGGAGUGUACGUGGGAGACUGUGUGUGUGUGUGUGUGUUGGGGGAGCUUGUGUGGGAGACUGCACGGGCCUGAGUGAGAGUGUCAGCAUGCUGUCUCUUUAAGCCGAGCAUUCAGGAGCCUGACGCUUGUUCAGUGCUGCAGCAGCUCCCACUCCUGAGCCAGAGACACCAGCAAACAGGCUCCCUGUCCCCCGACCCCAGCUCAGUGGAGACCCACUCAGGCACGGCCACCUCUAGCAUCAGGCAAGCUCCCCCAGUGCCCUGCCAGCCAUGGAUCAGCUUCCCAAAGAAGGGAAGACUUAACUGUAAACAUGGGGCUCACAGCCUCUGUACUGCCUGCUGCUGAGGAGCCAUGUCACACCUCUAGCCAAGGCUGGCUUCAGCAGAGGAGUUGACUGUGCAGAUCUCUGCAGCGCAGCCAGGGCUGCAAAUCUGUCAGAGGAUCCCUGAGCACAAAGGGACUGAAUGGAAGAAGACGACAAUUUUCCUCCAGUCUAGGCCAGCGGCUAAAGCCUCCUCUCUGUAGAUCAGGUGUGUGUGAGGUCUUCAGGAACCAGUCCGCUUCCCCUGGCUGCUGCAGUUUGCAGGCCGUGGUGAGCAGCAGGUGGGAAGUGAGAGCGAGUGAAUUUGGGGAAGGAGAAGCGAGUGUGUCUGCUGUGGGGAGCCUGGCCAGCAGCCACAGCUCUUUCCGCUGUGCCUUCACGGGCGGCCAGAGAGCAGCAGCUGCUGGCCAGGUGCCCAACUCUGAAGGCACUGCCACAGCCAGCGGCUGGGAGAGGUGGCUACGGGGUGGGGGCUAAGGCAAAUUUUGGGAUGGCUGUAGCCCCCACAAGCCCCCUCUAGCACAGCCCCUGUGAAUAACUCAGCAUGUCCUUGUCCCAUGCUGCUUUAAUAAACGGGGAAAUCUGGGCAUCUGUCUUACCCAUCUACAAUACAUGAAGGUAUAUUUCUUAUUGUUCCCUUCAGUAAUUUGCCUUUAGCAGCCCUUCAUCAAAGGAAUUCAUUUUUUCUAGACUCUGAUCUUUCAUGAUCUUCACUGUGCUCUUUCUGUUCUGACCUCCUUUUGCUCACUAGAGCUCUAGAUCACACCCCAGAAUUUCCUGCACAAUCCUGUGCUCUCUUAUUUAUGUUAGUUAUUUCUGCCCCUCAUUCUCACCCACAACACAAUCAAUCUCUCUGUUCCUAUUGCACAGAGAAGGUCCCAUGCAGCAAAUGUCAUAUAACUUUAUUAUAUGUUUACCAUUAGUAUAGUAAAAGCUUGAAGAUUUUGUUAACUACAUUAUUACUUUUAGGUAUCCUUUACUAUUAAGUAAGUUAGUAUUAUAAGUGUGUUCAAGCUUACAAUGAAUUGUUGCUUUUCUAAGGGAUAAUAGGCCUUUGUUAAAAAUAAUAAUGAACCCUUAGAUAUCUGUCAGCCAAAUAAUACCCUGGAGGACACAUGUUACUGUAGAGCUGGGCAAAAUCUUUUUGGCAAAUAGUAAAUUCACUGGCAAAUGCAGUAUUGGGGGGAACUGAAACUAUUUGAAAAUUUGGGUCGAAUUUGGCAAUAGGUUUGGCCAAGUAAAACCUGAAAACAGAAAUUUUGGAAGUGUGAUAACUCAUUUUGAAAAUGUCAGAUCCACUCCACAUUUUAUUUUGAAAAUGUCGGUUUGAAUUAGCAUUUAAUUAGCAUUUAAUUUGACCAGAACAAAUUUUUGGGGGGUUUUCAUGUAGUCAAGAAAAAAAAUUCAUUUUUGGUUAGAAACUGACCAGUUUUUUUUCCUGGAAACCAAAAAUCACUUUGCUCAGUUCUAUAUAUGAGAUUCCUCAUGACAGUCACCAUAAUCUAUAAUCUGUCCCUGUCUAACAUCCCUGAUUUUCCUUCAUGAGCUUCCUCCUUUUUCCAUCUUUUUUCAGUAGUUUCACAUAUAAGUUUUCUCCUCUUGACUUGGUCUCUCUUUUCCACAGCACAUUUUCUUACCUGUAGUAAUUCUUUGGGGACUGUAGAUAUAUUUAUUAUUGUUAGCAUUUUUUAUGACUCCCGCAGCGGUGCUAGGCACCUCACAGAAAAGCAUGUCUGUGUUCUGAAGAGUUUACCAUUCAAAUAGCGCAUGUGUAUAUGACACAUACAGCUGCUGCCUCCAAAUCAUUAAUACAGUGGGGCCCACUUAAAUAUAUAUCUCAACUGUGAUGGGAAUUAUUUGACUUCAGUGCAUCUUAGGGGCAGAUUCUGUAAGAGUGACAGUUUCCAGGCAGCAAACCUCAACAUACUGUCCACAGAAAUACAGUGAAGCCAUCAAAUGAUCCUUGAAUGAACUUGUUAUAUAAGUGUAUAAAUCCCCUGAAUAUGAAUCUCUUGGAUUUGACCUGACCGUAGAAAGAUUGGUUUCCAUUGGAUACCCUCAGGAGCUGCUCAGUUUUGUCUAUGAUCCUUCUUUCCCUACGAGAGGCCUGGUAUUUGAUACACUGUAUGGAAACCUGUUGAAAGUCGAUGCCUAUGGGAACCUCCUAGUGUGUUCACAUGGCUUUAACUUCGUGAGAGGGCCAGAAACUCGGGAGCAGUAUCCAAAUAAGUUUAUUCAGAGGGAUGACACAGAGAGGUUUUACAUUCUGAACACGCUGUUCAAUCUACCAGAGACCUACCUGUUGGCUUGCCUAAUAGAUUUCUUUACUAACUGUGACAGAUAUUCUAGCUGUGAAACAGGGUUUAAAGAUGGAGACCUCUUUAUGUCGUUCAGGAGUAUGUUCCAGGAUGUGAGAGAUGCUGUUGACUGGGUUCAUUACCAGGGAACCCUCAAGGAAAAGACACUUGAGAAUCUGGAGAAGUAUGUGGUGAAAGAUGGGAAAAUGCCAUUACUGCUCCGCCGCAUGAAUGAGGUUGGAAAGGUGUUUCUUGCCACAAACAGUGACUAUAAAUACACAGAUAAAAUUAUGACUUAUUUGUUUGAUUUUCCACAUGGACCAAAGCCUGGAAGCUCUCAUCAGCCAUGGCAGUCCUACUUUGACCUAAUCCUAGUGGAUGCACGAAAACCCCUAUUUUUUGGAGAAGGCACAGUAUUGCGACAAGUGGACACUGUUACUGGCAAGUUGAAGAUUGGUACCUACACAGGGCCUCUGCAGCAUGGCAUCGUCUAUUCAGGCGGUUCCUCGGAUACUAUCUGUGACCUGCUGGGGGCUAAGGGCAAAGACAUUUUGUACAUUGGAGACCACAUCUUUGGAGACAUCCUAAAGUCCAAGAAACGUCAGGGCUGGAGGACCUUCCUGGUGAUUCCCGAACUAGCCCAGGAGCUGCAUGUCUGGACUGACAAAAGCUCCCUUUUUGAAGAGCUGCAGAGUCUGGACAUUUUCUUGGCGGAGCUGUACAAGCAUUUGGACAGUAGCAGCAAUGAACGGCCUGACAUCAGUUCCAUCCAGAAACGUAUUAAGAAAGUGACUCACGACAUGGACAUGUGCUAUGGGAUGAUGGGAAGCCUGUUCCGUAGUGGCUCACGACAGACCCUCUUUGCCAGCCAGGUGAUGCGUUAUGCAGAUCUCUAUGCAGCAUCUUUCAUCAACCUCCUGUACUAUCCGUUCAGCUACCUCUUCAGAGCCGCCCACGUACUGAUGCCACAUGAAUCGACGGUGGAGCACAUUCAUGUGGACAUCAAUGAAAAGGAGUCACCUCUGGCCACCCGCAACCGCACCUCAGUGGAUUUCAAAGAUUCCGACUACAAACGGCAUCAACUGACCCGGUCAGUCAGUGAAAUUAAACCACCUAACCUCUUCCCCCAGACUCCUCAGGAAAUCACACAUUGCCAUGAUGAGGAUGAUGAUGAAGAAGAGGAGGAGGAGGAAGAGGAAUAGGAAGGAAAAAUGGAAGCCUCUCUGAAGACAAAACAUCAUUGCGGCAGUGAUCAGCGGGAGUGGAUUCCCUUGUUUGGUUCCAGGGGGAAUGGGCGUGAUUCUUUCAAAGGCACAUUUUGAAAGUUUCCAAAAACUUUUUAAAAUUAACACUAAUCAGGAGGUGCCCCUUGUUUUUAAUUUUGCGAAUCUGCUGUUUGCAGACAGUUUGAAAUACCAAUGGAUUCUGCACUACAGGAGAUUCUAACAGUGCAUUCAGACUGGACUUCACACAAGUGUUAUCUACAAUGCCUCCCCUGUUACGUAUUCGGGAUGCUGCAUGUUUCCCCCUUUUUCUUCCUAUGGGUGCAAUUCAUUUGGUUUUCAUUGAACAGUGUCUUAUGAACGGUUUGGAAUUUGUACAGUCUCCACAGAGAAGGAAGGAUGCAAUGGGCCCAGUAGCAGACAAAAUGGUCUGACAAGAAUCCUCCUAUUGCGAGUUGUACCACUCUUCUUAACUCUCAGCUUUUUUGGAUAUAAAUUCUCCCCCUACUAAAUACUGUAUUGUAUCCAGGGAAACGUUAUGGCUUCCAGCAUUGAAUUUACCCUCUGCUAAGCACAAGUUUCCCCUUAUAAGCUGUUUAAUGUUCUAAAUUACUCUGGCAAUAUCUGAUUUCACUGGGAUUCUGGUACUUACUAGCAUUCAGUAGUUUUGGGUUUGUCAGAAAGUCUGUUGUCUUCCCCUUGGUGGAUAAAGACUUAAUUCUUUCAUCAUUGA